AUGAUCAUAGACAAGAGGGAACAUUUACAGCGAAUGGAGUUGGCUGCACCAAUCAGGUCAUUAAUUGAUGAUUUGACCAACUUUGAUGAAGAAAGAUUCAUUACUUUGUUGAAAUCAAACUUGAAAUGGAAAAGACCUAGAGGCGACCUUUUGCAUUGGAUCCCAGUUCUCAAUCGCAUUGAUGAGAUCUUUGCCAGGUACAUCAAAGAGUUUGAUUUGGAAAAUGAGUGUCCAAAGUUACGUCUCAUUCCUGAGAGAGAAGCGGAGGUUAUUGUGACUUGCCUCGAAUUCACAAACACGUUACUUAGCAAUUGCUCAGAUAAGCAUAUCUACUCAAGCAUGGAAAGAAUUUACGCGUUGAUCAAUACGCCCACGGUGGAUGUAAGGCUAAAAGCGUUAGAAGUGGCUGUUUUGAUUAGUGAAAAAUUUGUGGUGACAGGCGCAUCUCGUUACUCGGCUCCGAAGGAUACAAGAGACAAGAUACUUGAAAUUGCUAAAGCCUUUCCCCCGUUGGUUCCACAAGAUUGCCAUCUGAGACGAGUGGAAAGCGAACAAAAGAAUACGGAGGAAAAGUCAAGUAUCAUAGGAGAUCAUUACAACUUCGUCGACACUUUACGGCACUCAAAGGUGCUCCCACAAAAAUGGAAAAGUAUCAAUUUCCAAUAUUACAAAUCCACCUUGUCGCAGGCAAAAUUUGGCGAACAGACCCCGAGAAGCACCACUUCUAAAAGAAAACAUGAGAAAGUUGUUGUUUCAGAAGGUUUGCAACUCUUUUCUGUUCCGGAGGAAUCAGUCUCCAAGAUGCCAUUGGAACAAAUAUUUUUGAAAGGAAUGGAAACUUUACCCAGAUCAUCCUGGUUUACAUUUGCCCUAGUCUCGGAAGUGGCAAAAUCGUUCAAUACACAAUCGCAGCAUGCAUUUGAACUUAGGGAGAAACUUAUUCAGAUGAAAUGUUAUGCUGCAGCCUUCACCUGCUGUAUGUUGUCACACCAAAAUGCGUCAACAAAGUUGCUCGAGGCAGAGCCUUAUAUCUUGAGCUUUCUUGUGGAUGCUAUUCUGCCUGAAAAUAGUGACCACGUCCCGAGGUCCGUAUUCUACGCGGCCAUGAAAGCGCUUGAGUGUAUUUCAAUGAAGAAAGUAUGGGGAAGUGACAUACUAAGAUGUAUGGGAGGAAAUGUGAGCCAUGGUGUAUUGUUUCAAUGUUUAAGACUGAUUAAGGCAUCCGUUGCUGAAGAGAACGAUGACUACUUUGAAAAGGGAAACAUACUAUUCUUCAAUAUGCUUGCUAACAUGAUCAAUACAAAGAGCAUUUUACCACGUCUUGCAUCAGGUGGAUUGCUCAACGAUUUGAUGCCAUUUUUAGAUAUUCAUUCCAAGUACAAGUGGACAUGCUCUGCUGCGGUGCAUCUGCUAUCUUUGUUCAUAUCAGGAUUCCCUGAAUCCCUUGACGAGUUCAUUGCAAAUGAUGGCUUCAACUCACUAAUCAGUGAUAUUCAAUUUGAGGUAAAUGCUGUUCUCAUGGGAUCACCAGAUGAAGACACUUAUGGUGAAUGUCCACCAUACACAAAAAUUCCAUUGAGAAAAGCCAACUUUUUGAGAAAUUUGAUGAAGUUUGUUGCUGAUCUACUCAAUUCCGACCAUGGGGAUAGACUUAGGAACUUAUUUGACUCACCAAUCCUUGUGAGCUUCAACAAGAUUAUUAAUCAACCAGAGAUAUUUGGUCCGGCCAUUUUGGCAUGUACUAUAGACUCUGUUUUCUUCAUCAUCCAUAAUGAACCCACAGCGUUUUCAAUAUUGAACGAAGCGAAAGUUAUUGAUUCGAUCCUAGACAACUACAAACGGUUAUUUAUUCCAUCGGGACAGUUGUUGAUGUCGCUUCCCGAAGUUCUUGGUGCUAUUUGCUUAAACAAUGACGGUUUAAAUAAAGUCGUUAAGAAGAAAAGCAUCCCCAUUUUUUUCGAAACGUUUUAUCAACUUACAAUAGCAAAAGUGUUAGUCAAAUCGGACAUGGCUACGAAUUUGGGAUGCUCCUUUGAUGAGUUAGGUAGGCAUUACCCUAGCCUCAAGCCUAUGAUUUUAGAGCAAGUACUGAAAUUGAUUGAGCAAAUUAUGUUUUAUGUUGAUGAACAUAUUGAAGGCAUAAAACUAUACGAGGCGCCUUCAGGACCUUUCUAUUACUCAAAAGAAGAAGUACCCGAUAUCAAUGUGAGCGACGGUAAGGAAAUCGAGAGCUGGGACAAGAAUGAUUGCUCUAUUUUACUUGAUAAUGUAUUCUUUUUUCUUGGAGGGUUGCUACAAGAGAGUGGACUGUGGGGUGAAGAUGUAGCACGUGAAAUUGGUUUUGCAAAAUGGCUUAAAUUCUUGACAAUCAAAAGAGCACCUUAUGAUUACUUUUUAUCCAAUGGAAUCUCCUCGCUAAUGGGAAUAUUCAAAUACUUUGAUGAUGAGGACAGAGAUUACGGGUUUCCAAUGAUAAUUGAAAAGCUUAGAGAAAUGCUCGAGCUCAAGGACGUGGAAAGGUACAUUUUUUUUACCAAGGAGGAGUCUUUCUUUGAUACCAUCAGUCAAGCCGAAGGAACAGAGUUGUUACAGAACUUGGGUCAGAUAAAUGUGUUGCUUUUUGCAUUGACAGAGAUCUAUAUUAAUUUGGGAUUACUAUUUACAGAAAGAAUCAAGCAGAUAGUUGAUAUGUUUGGCUCUCAUCAAAGCUUUGUUUCAAGGUUGUUUUUGCUUUUGCAAAGAAGUGUUGUCGAGGAAACUAUUUUGAGAAAUCGAACCCCAGAUGAAGUGUUGAAAAUGACGUCUAAUUUUCCCAACGAUAGCCCUCCAUUGCAAGUCAAUGUUUGCGACCCAGCAGACAGCAAAAUGAAUACGAGCGGUACUAAUCCCAAAUUUAAAAAUACCCUUCAGCUUCGUACAUUCAAUUACUAUUUUCAAGGCUACGUCGCUCUUAUAUUUGCGUCAGUUGUUAGAACAUGCAUCCCUCGCAGGGUGGAUCAUGCACAUCAUCAAACGAAAAGAGAUGCCGUCUCAUUGUUGUUGGGGAUUGCAAAAGUAAUGACGGAUGCGUAUAAACGAACAUUUGAGUCCAAGUAUAAUCAACAAUGUUACAUUUUGGCUCUAUCGAAUGUCAACUUGUACAUUCUCAAUCAAAAGGAGCGUACUCGUGAAACUGUGUACAUUCCACUCGCUAUUGCUUUGUUUCAAUCGUCGUUUUACCUGGUGUUGAGAGAUCUCACUUACGAGUUGUGGCAAGAUUUGCUAGAUAUGGAUCCAGAAGAAGUUCAGAAAACAGCAAAUCUCAAGUACAUUUGCCCGAAUAAAAGUAGCAUCGUCAAAAAUGCUUUGAGCCAAAAUUUAAUGAUUUUCGCCAAAAGUGUCAAUGAAUCUGAUUUGGGUAACUUUCCGUUUUACAAAUCGUACUAUCUGAGUAAACCUUUUGGACCUUUGGAAAGAAGUAUCACGAUGUCCUUUUUGGUUCAAGUAUCUUUCGAAGCAUUGAGAUUGGUUUCUGACUUGACAAGGACAGUAGUAGAUGCUGAUGACAACGCGGUCGUUAAACUGAAUAUACCAACACCAUUAGUCGAGCAGGUACUUUACAUCGCAUCACACCUGUACCACUCGACUGUGUGUACGGACAACUUCAAACCUUUGGAUGUUAGACGUGUGUUUCCUGAUAUGGAUCAAGUUGCAUACCUUAUUUCCUUGGGCUUUUCUGAGUCACAAGCAGAGCACUAUUUUGAUCAUGAACCGGAUUUAGCGGCGAUACGUGAGGGAAGAACAAUCUCUUGUCAGGAGUUUGACAAUUUCAAAGAAGAUGAUUGGAAAAAUUUUGCUGAGGAAUUCAACUCGGCCGACAUUGAUUUUUCUUUGGAUGAAGGUGACUAUCUUACCUCUAGGCAAAUUUUUGACAAAUGCAAAGAUAUUUGGACAGCAAUGGAUGACGAUUGGAUCGAGUUAGCUGUCAUUUACCCUAAAGCCACUCACUUGGUGGCGGAGCUCCUUUAUUCAUUGAAGGAGCGUGAGCGCAUUGAUCAACUCAUCAAUAUAGCAAGUUAUGGUGAUUUGGAAAGUAACGAAUACGCCGUGUACUUGCAUCUUAUUUCAAUUUUACUUCAAAAGAAACGCUACCCUCAUAAUGAUGCUUUAAAGAAGGUGAACAGUUUGUUUACUGCGUCUUCGGUUGGUCCUUCUGCUGUCGAUGAACCUUCUUAUCAUUACCUCAUGGCAAUUCUCGAGCAAAAGUUAGUCCAAGAAGACAUCCCUGCUGCCGAAAGCACGAGACACGAAGGGAUAAGAUACAAAGCAAAUGAGUCGACAAGUGACAUCAAAUCUUUGAAGGAUCUUUUCAUACAAGAAGUUUCCAAAGUUGAGAAUGUGACGAAUGUUAAAUCGGCAAAUGGUAUAGCUCGUGUUUUGACGUUGCUUGCAAAAGAAUCUACUACAGCGGAACAGAUCUCGAAAUUGUCAUUGUUGGAAUGUUUAUAUAAAUCAGCAAAAAACGCCGGUGAGGACAAGGCGGUCGAAGCGUCCCUUAAAACAAGCAUUGUUUUGAUCCUGCGCUACUGUUUUGAGACAAACGACGUAAUUGAAGCCUAUAUGAAACCGGAGUUGGCAAAGCUGUUGUUAAAUUCCGGUUUCAAGCUGAUCAAAAGCUUGAAAGAUUUACUCAAGGACAACAUGUCGCUAGUGUUUCGAAGUCUGCUGGCAUUGACUGAUGCUCUAUCGAAAAAGAUCAUACUUGAUGGAUACGAUGGGGAGAAUUCGUCCUUAUCAUCUGGUGAUUUGGUUGUUACAACUGCACCUAAGACACUACCUUCCGAAGACAAUGAUGCUCCGAGCGAGACUAAUCCAACGAAACUCGAGCUGGGCACAGUUAUGAAUAUGUUGUUGACUGAAUUAAUGGCCGCGAUUAAGACUGACUGGGUAUCCGAUCCCGAGAAAGAUGCGAAAACAAAGAGUGGAAAGGAGAAAGACAAAGCUGUUGACAUUUUUGCAAACCCAAAUUUUGCUUAUAUCUGUUUCAUUUUGCAAAGCAUUGUUGAACUUUUGGGUUCAUACAAACAAGCAAAGUUUGACUUUCUCACUUUUUCCAAAAAAAAACGUGACGACGUGAAACUAAGGUCAACUUCGUUGAACUGUUUUUUGCAUCAGUUGAUUCCAACGCAACUGUUGAGUGCGUCCGGGUUGGAAUUAGAAAGACGAGCUGCUGUUUCAUCAACUGCAAAAAUGGCAUUGAUGUGUUUGAUCUCCUCGCCCGUGCUGAACAUCCGCGAUGGCACCGAUUCUAAGAAGGAAGACCCGGAUCUUGCUUUAAUACGAAGGUUUGUGGUAGAUUUGGUUGCCAAAGCGAUGAAAGAAGCAUCUCAAUUGAAUGUUGUUGCACGUUCGAGAUAUUCCAAGUUGUUGGAUUUGUUUGAAUUAAAUGGGCUGUUAAUUUCGCCAAAGUUUCGUGAUACCAUUGGUCCUUUACUUAACAAGGAUGCUACGCAAUAUGACAUGUUCCAUAUAUCCAAAGUUUACAUUGAAAAACAAAUUCCUAUAACCUUGACCAAUUUGAUUGCCGAGUUUGACUUGAACUUUCCAGAUAUUGACAAAGUGGAGAAAGCCGCCUUGAAGCCUAUAACACAUUUGGGUAAAAACAAGGUUGAGUUCCAGGAACUUUUCGCUGAAGGUGGUCAGGAAGAGAAUGACGAUGACGACAUUGUCCCUGAUGAUGAAAAUGAGGAUCGUGAUGAUACUCCUGAUUUGUUCCGUAAUUCAACAUUAGGAAUGUACGAUGUGGACGUCGAUAGUGAAGAAGAUGACUAUUAUGAUGACGAUGGGCAUUUAAUGAUAUCAGCCGAGGCUUCCGAUUCCAUGGAAUCUGCUUCUUCUUUUGACUCUGGAGAAGAUGAUGAGCCGCUGGAUAUUGAAAUGGAAGAAGGUCCUUAUGAUGAAGAGGAAGGUUCAGAUGGAAGUCUUGAUGAUAUUGAGAUUAUUGAUGAACUAGACAUCGACUCUUCUGGUGAAGAAGGUUUUGUUUACGGGGAUGAUGAUGAGGAUGAAGAUGAGGACGAAGACGAUGAAGACGAUGAGGAUGUUGAUGUGGAAGUUGAUAUUGAUGCCGAACCCAUUAGUGGGGAAGAUUACAGUGGAGAUGAAGAGGAAAGCGAAUAUGAUGAGGAUGAGUUGGAUGGUUGGAUUGAGCAAUUGGAAAGUGAAAACGAACUGCAAGAGGAUUGGCCAAAUGGUCAUGGUCCUAGCCGUGGCCACAAUCAUAAUCAUACGCAUGGAGGAGCACACAUUAACAUUGGUUUUGAAGAGUACAAUCCAGAUGAGGAUAGAAGUGGCCGUGGAUUCAGGUUCAGAAGAGAGGGCGAUGUUACGGAUAUGAGCUCAGAGGAGGAAAGCGACUCUGAAUCGCAACAAGAUUUAGCAGUCUUGCCCUCUCAUAACGCUUUAAGACGAGUUUUUGAUCAAGCUGGUAAUGGACGAAUGGAUGGCACAUCUCCCAUAUCUUUGUUGUUGGAUGGUUUGUUUAGGGAAGGUAACCUCCCUGGCUCAUUUGAAAUCAGCCAAGAUGGUACUCGAGUUACAGGGCCCACUACGAUUGGAAGACUUUUUGAAAAUAUGAUUCAGAUUGGGCAAGCCGGUCGUCAUACGGAUCGCACCCACACACUUCAUAUAAAGUCAACCAAUGAAAGAUGGGUGGAUUCAUUGAAGAUGUUCGACCCCAAGGAUGAGGAGGACUUGGUGUUGCGAGUAAUACCUGGCAUUGUCAACAGAAUUGAAGGUAAAAGUAUUGAAGCUCAUAACCAAAAGAAGGCUGAUCUUGAAAAGAUAAGGAAGGAAAAAGAAGAGAGAAGAAAAAAGCAAUUGGAGGAAGAAGAAAAAAGGCGUGAAGAGGAAGCCAAACAGAGAGAAGCGAAUGCAGCAAACGAGCCUCCAAGGGAUCCAAUUUUCGUUAGAAUUGGCGAUAGAGAUGUUGAUAUUAGUGGAACUGACAUUGAUCCAGAUUAUAUCGAAGCUCUCCCGGAAGAUAUGCGAGAGGAGGUUUUUGCCCUGUAUGUGAGAGAGAGACGUGCGAAUGCAACUUCAAGUGGUUCUGAUGCGCGUGAAAUUGACCCUGAUUUCUUGGACGCUUUGCCUGGCAAUAUACGAGACGAGAUUUUGCAGCUGGAGUCAUUAGCAAGACGAUUUUCCGAAUGGGGCGAGCAUCAAGAUGAUUUUGAGGAUGCCAGCGGGGGAAACGAAGUGGAUGAUCAAGAUGACGAACAAUCGAGACCUCAAAGUUCACAAGCAGCUUCUUCAUCGCAAGUGGAUAAAAGGAAAAGUAGUGGAAAGAUUUUCUUUACACCGUUGACAGAUAGGAAUGGUGUUGCGGCCAUCAUAAGAUUACUUUUCUCACCAUUAACAAUCAAUCAAAGGGAGCAGAUUUACCACACGCUUCAAUAUAUGUGUAACAAUAAGCAUAGCAGAGUUGAGAUUGUGAACAUGAUGCUUGCCAUUUUGCAUGAUGCCUUCACUAACCAGCGUCUGAUGCAAAAGAUUUAUACUCAAGUUUGCAAUCGAGCAUUAGGUGGCAAGGAGGUCAAGAGUAGGAUUCCGUUAAAUACCACCCAAAUAUCAACAGGGAUACAAUUUAUCGAGUCAAUCGAUUUCCUCCUUGAAAGAAAUAGCCAUUUGAGAUACUUUAUUUUGACAGACCACGAAAACCAAUAUUUGUUACCCCUGAAGAAGUCGAAAAAGAAUGCCAAAGAGAACAAGUAUCCAAUUAAUUAUUUGUUGAAAUUGUUGGAUAAUAAACUGGUGACAGAGGACCAGACGUUUUUGGAUGUGUUAGCAAGAGUCUUGCAAAUAUCCACACGUCCAUUGUAUGCAUUAAAGAAAUCAGAGGGAGGCAAAGCUGCGCCAUUUUUACCACCAUUCAUCCCCGAGGAAAACAUCAGGUGCAUAAUUGCAAUUUUGACUGGUAAUGAUUGCUCCAAUUCAACCUUCAGGCGAACUAUUAGUGCAAUGCAAAACCUAUCUGUGUUGCAAAACGUACUGGAAAUUUUCAAGCACGAGCUAUCUAAGAAGGCAACCGAGUAUGGACAAAAGAUCAUCGCUGACUUGAACAAGUUGACCCUGGAUUUGGUGGCUAAUGGUAAUUUAAACAGCAAAGCAUUUUCAAAGUUUAGCGCUCAUUCGUCCGAUCAAGCCAAACUACUUCGUGUUUUAACGGCAUUGGAUUACAUGUUUGAGCAUAAAGACAAAGACCAGUCGGAACGAAAGAAUGAUGUUGAAGAGCUUACUGACCUUUAUAAGAAAUUAGCGCUUGGAAAUCUUUGGGAUUCCUUGAGCGAAUGUUUGAGAGUAUUGGAAAAGAAUCCACAAUUGCAUAAUAUUGCCAACGCCUUAUUGCCAUUGAUUGAAGCUUUGAUGGUUGUUUGUAAACAUGGAAAAGUCCGUGACCUUCAAAACAAAGAGAAUGCUAAAUUCGAGGUGAAGAAGAUUGAUUUUACCAAGGAACCCAUUGAAUCAUUGUUUUUCUCUUUUACUGAUGAACAUAAAAAGAUAUUGAAUCAAAUGGUGAGAACAAAUCCAAAUUUGAUGAGCGGACCAUUUGGAAUGUUGGUCAAGAAUCCAAAAGUGUUGGAAUUUGAUAACAAGAAGAAUUAUUUUGAUCGUAAACUUCACAAGGACAAGCCGGAAAAUUCGAAAUUGGCGAUCAGCAUUCGUCGUGAUCAAGUGUUUUUGGACUCAUACCGUGCAUUGUUUUUCAAACCCAAAGAUGAGUUCAAAAAUUCCAAGUUGGAGAUUAACUUCAAGGGUGAGCAAGGUAUUGAUGCUGGUGGAGUUACCCGUGAAUGGUACCAAGUUUUGAGUCGACAAAUGUUUAAUCCUGAUUAUGCUUUAUUUUUGCCAGUUGUCUCGGACAAGACAACGUUCCAUCCUAAUCGUACAUCGUACGUCAAUCCAGAACAUUUGUCAUUUUUCAAAUUUAUUGGACGUAUAAUUGGUAAGGCAAUUUAUGAUAACUGCUUUUUGGAUUGUCAUUUCUCAAGGGCCGUUUACAAACGUAUUUUGGGUCAACCGCAAUCGUUGAAGGAUAUGGAGACUUUGGAUCUCGAAUAUUACAAGUCACUUAUAUGGAUGUUGGAAAAUGAUAUUACUGAUGUCAUUACUGAAACGCUUAGUGUUGAGACUGAUGAUUAUGGUGAACACAAGGUUAUUGACUUGAUCCGCGAUGGAUCAAAUAUCCCUGUAACUGAAGAAAAUAAACAAUUAUAUGUUAAGAAAGUGGUUGAGUAUAGAUUACAAACAUCAGUGGAGGAGCAAAUGGAGAACUUCUUGAUUGGAUUCCAUGAGAUUAUCCCCAAAGAUUUGGUGGCCAUAUUUGAUGAAAAGGAAUUAGAGCUUUUGAUUUCGGGAUUGCCAGAUAUCGAUGUUCAUGAUUGGCAAUCACAUACCCAGUAUGUCAAUUAUUCAGCAUCUUCAGUACAAAUUCAAUGGUUUUGGAGAGCUGUCAAGUCAUUUGAUAAUGAGGAAAGAGCAAGAUUGUUGCAAUUUGCAACUGGUACUUCGAAGGUGCCAUUGAAUGGAUUCAAAGAAUUGACCGGUGCUAGUGGUACAUGCAAGUUUAGCAUUCAUCGUGAUUAUGGUGCAACUGAUCGAUUACCGUCAUCACAUACCUGUUUCAACCAAAUCGAUUUACCAGCAUAUGAAAACUAUGAGACUUUGAGAGGGUCGUUAUUGAUGGCAAUUACCGAGGGCCAUGAAGGGUUCGGCUUGGCUUGA